AUGGAUGACAUAUGCAUUAUGAAGAAUAAUAGGUUGGUUACACUCUUGUCCUCCACCCUAGCUCACGAGGAGGGGUCAUCAUCUUCUUCUCCCUUGAAGAACGCUGUCUUCGCUAUGGUCAAGACUGCUCUUCACACAAUCAACCUCGAGUUGCAUUCUGGAUCCCAUCCUCGGCUUGGAGUGGUCGACCACAUAUGCUUUCACCCUUUGUCUCAAACCUCCUCCAUUGACCAAGUUUCUGCCGUUGCCACUUCCUUGGCAAUGGAUAUCGGCUCCAUUCUCAGAGUUCCUACAUAUCUAUACGGAGCAGCACAAGAGGAGCAGUGCACGCUGGAUUCCAUAAGAAGGAAGCUGGGGUACUUCAAGACCAACAGGGAGGGACAUGAAUGGGCAGGUGGGUUGGAGCUGGAGGUGGUGCCUAUGAAGCCAGACGCAGGGCCACUAGAGGUCAGCAAAGCCAAACGGGUUGUAGCGGUUGGGGCGUGCGGGUGGGUCAGUAACUACAACGUGCCAGUCAUGUCAACUGAUCUCAAGCCAGUGAGGAGAAUGGCGAGGAAGGUGAGCGAGAGAGGAGGGGUCUUGGCUUCGGUGCAGAAAAUGGCUCUGGUGCACGGGGCAGGGGUCAUAGAGGUCGCCUGUAACUUGCUGAAUCCAAGCCAUGUCGGAGGAGAUGAUGUUCAAGGACUGAUCGAGGGGCUUGGUAGAGAGGAAGGUCUGCUUUUGGGAAAAGGGUAUUACACUGACUAUACAGCCGACCAGAUCACUCAACGAUACAAGGACUCAUCAAAAAUUCAUAUCAUACAUAAGUUGUUUGUGUUCAAAACUUUUAAAGUUUUUUUUUUGUGUUAAAAAAUUAGUGUCACUGGGUUUCUAAUACAUGGCCUUUUUAAGUAGCUUGACAAACUUGACCAUAAAGUCAAAAAACAAUAUGAUGUUGUCAUUCCCACGUCCAUCAUAUAUCUUUUUUUUGUGCGGUUGUGUGUGUUUUCUGUAUUGUUAUUAUCAUGACUCUAAACUGAAAUGAGCGGAGAUUAAAAUAAUUGAAAGGAUAGAAUAUGAGAUUAGUUCAUAUGGUAAGAUGCAAAAAUAUCAAAUCCCAUCAUUGGUGUUUUGUCUCAAAACGAUGAUUGUGCGAGGGAUGCCCUGCCCUUUUCCUUAUAGUUCUUAAAGCUGAUCUCUUGCGAUUUAUACCUUUUGUGUGUUUCCACACUUGCUCAAGUGUAUAGCAAAUUGGCAAUGCAUGCAAGUCAUCGAACAACUGGGUUAAUAGAUAUCUAAAGUUACAUGUGGCCUUGGGACGAUGCAGUAGUAGCAGUAGUAGUUGAGAUCUCUGUCAUUCAAAUUCGUAUCUAUAAGUUGUGGUGUAUAUCAUCAUUUUAUGAGUUUUGAAAAGGAAAAUACAAAUAUAACAAUUUUCUCAAUAUAAAAAGACUUUCUCUCCCAGACCCGAUUCCCGAGGCUCAGCAGCAAAAGCUCUUGCUGAGUAACAAUCGCUUUAGGGAUUAAGGUGAAUUUUCUUCAUGGGGUUCUUCAUCUUGCUGAGCUUGACUCGCCUCUUAUAGGCUUUAUCUCUAUGUUUCUUAAUGUGUUUUACUUUCGUUGUACCGUCGAACAUGCUCUGGAAUCUUCUGUUUCAGUUGUAAACUUUCAUGCUCCUUGAGCUUUUAAUAUA